AUGUAUGGAAAAUUUCUUGAUAUUCUGAAAAAGCUUCACAUCAACAUUCCAUUUUUAGAUGCAAUAUCUGAGAUGCCAUCUUAUGCAAAAAUUUUAAAGGGUAUUCUCUCUAACAAGAAGAAGCUAGAGGAUAAUGCCACGGUUGCGUUGACAGCGGAGUGUAGUGCUAUUUUGCAAAACACACUUCCUAAGAAACUAGGUGAUCUGGGUAGCUACUCAAUUCCGGUGAAACUUGGAGACAUAGAGAUCAAUAAGGCACUAUGUGAUCUUUGUGCAAGUGUGAGUCUCAUGCCGCUCUCUAUUUGCAAGAAACUUCAAAUGUGUGAACUAAAGCCUACACGCAUAUCCCUACAACUUGCGGAUAGGUCGGAUAAGUUUCCUUUGGGUGUACUCGAAGAUGUUCCUCUUCGCAUGGGAAAAUUCUUUAUCCCAUGCGACUUUGUUGUGAUGGAGAUGGAGGAGGAUGCACAUGUUCCUAUUAUUCUUAGUAGACCAUUCUUAGCUACUGUAGGUGCAAUCAUUGAUAUGAAGAAUGGUAAAAUCACUUUUGAGGUAGGUGACAAGAAAAUGGAGUAUUCACUUUUGAAUGCUAUGGGAACUCCUUCUAUGGGAGAAACUAUUUGCCAAGUGGAUGUCCUUGAUAAUUUACAACAUGAGCAACUUCCCUUGAUUAAAUCGGAUGAUGCACUCAAAAUGGUGUUAAUGUGA